GUUUUCGUGCGAUGUGUACGAAAAUUUUCAAUCAUAAACAAAUUAUCUUCUUGUAAUUAAAGCUAGUAAAUAUCAGCUGUAUCUGCUGGAAUACGAAGAACAAAAGAAUAUUUCCUUGAACUUAAGCUAGUAAAAAUGAAUGAUUUCAGAGAAUCAUCUACUCUCAAUCGUAUGCAGGAAAGGUACUGGGCUACUAAGCAAGCUGUUUUUAAAAAACUUGGAAAAAAGGAUGAUGAAUGUAUUAUUGCUAGUGAUGCAGAACUUGAUGCAAAGCUUGAAUUAUUUCAAACUAUUGAAGAAUCUUUCUUAACAUUAAUGAGAGUAUUAGAAAAUUAUCAAGACAAAAUAUGUGCAUUAGCGCAAGAAGAAAAUGCUCUUGGCCGGUUUUUGAAAGAAAAUGGUAAAUAUGAUAAGACUAGAGCUGGAAAAGUGAUGACAAAUGCUGGCAAGGCUCUAAGUUUUAGUGCACAACAAAAGUUAUCCUUACGCCUACCUUUGGUGCGACUGUAUCAUGAAGUGGAAACUUUCCAAUAUAGAGCUAUUGUUGAUUCAUUACAAACAGUAGAAAAAAUGGAGAAAGCUCGAACUGCUUACCGUGGGGCUCUGAUGUGGAUGAAAGAUGUAUCUCAACAGCUUGAUCCAGAUACUUGUAAACAGUUAGAGAAAUUUAGAAAAGUUCAAAGCAAUGUGAGGAAAACAAAAUCAAGAUUUGAUAAGUUGAAACUUGAUACUUUACAGAAAGUUGACUUGUUAUCAUUUUCAAGGUGUAAUCUUUUUUCUCAAGCCUUAGCAACAUAUCAAAAUACCUUAAUGGCUAUUUGCGAGAAAGUUGCUAACACUAUGACUUCCAUGGCUGAAACUACUAAAGGUUAUCAGCAUUAUGAGUUUUCUAUGCUAAAGGAACUUACUGAAACCAGCAAGAAACUAGCUGAAGAAACAUCUGAUAAAAGUGAACUUUCGACACCCAAUGAAGAUAAAGGCAUUUUACCUACAGCUGAUAAAGAUGUCUUACUCUUUUUUGAUGCUGAGUAUCAUGAUGAUGAAGUCAAACAUCAAGGAAUGAAGAAGAAUGGCUUUGACCAGGAGAGACUAACAAAUCCUUCAUCAAAUAAUUUUCCUCACCGAAGAAAAGCAAAGAAAAAGGCUCUAGAAGAGGAAAAAAUGAAAGAAAAUAGUGAUGUCAAACUUUUAGAUCUGGAUAUUGAUAAAAACUCAAUACUUGAUCUCUCAAAUUCAAAGCAGCAACUUCAAAAUUCAAAAAUUACAGAUAUUGCCCCAAGUGCAUCUGACUUGUUGACGGGUGUUUUCAGAGAUGAUACAGAUAAGAGUGAUUUAGAAUUACUGAAUGAAAUUUUGAACUCCAAUGAAGAUUCAUCAAUCUCUAAUGCAGGAUUAAUUGAAGAAUCUUUGGAGCAGUAUUCUAGUGCUAUUCCUCAGACAGAUUCUUCUAAAUUAUUCGCAGUAUUGCAAAAUAGUUCACAGGGCUCUUGUUUCUUGCCAUCUCAGUUAUUAGAAAUGAAUGCCAAUUCAGAAACAUUGCAGAGUAGCACAAGAGGAAGUUCUUCAGAAAAUUCCUUAAAUGCAGUCAGUGAAGCUUCUAAAAAUUUAGAAACUGCUGCAGAUAAAAGUAAAAAGGGAAAACAAGACAUGUCCAGUUGGUACAAUUUAUUUGCUGAUUUGGAUCCACUAGCUAAUCCAGAUUUAAUUGGAAAGAAGCAAGUUGAUGAAAUUAACUGCUAACUUAUUAUGUUUUAGAUUGUUUGUAUUUUAGGAAGCAAAUACAAAGACAUUGCUUAUUUUUUUAAGAAAAAUAUAUAAAAAUAAUUGCUGAAGGUUUUUGAAGAAUUUUCCUGUUUUAGGUGAAUGGAUGUAGGAAAGAGAAUUUUGUAAUUUUCUGGAAACUGCACAAAGGAAAAGUGUGUUUCAUCCAAAAAAUGUAUUUCCAAUUCACUAAUCUACACUAAUAUACAUUUAUGUAAGGCUUUACAAAAGAAUAUGCUUAAGAUUCAAAAAAAUUCCACGCUUAAGAAAGCAACAACCAAACUUUGAUGAUCUAUAUUUCCUCUGUGAUGACUAUAUACUACUUUAAGUGUGUUAUCAUAGUCAUGUAACAAACAUUUUUUUCUGCUGAAUGAGAUUGCUUUGAAUAUCUAUGUAAUUUACACCUUUUGAGUAUUUUUGCAUAAGAGAACAGCUUGAAAAUAUUUGCCAAAUUUCAAGCUUCAGUUUUAAUGUAGUCACUUUAUAAGUAAACUAUGCAUUUAGAUACCAUUCCAGACUUUUUUUGUUUCAUUUCAAAAUCCAUUUUCUCUUUGACUUUUAGGGCUUUUAUUUCUCAUGUAUUAAUUCUAGUGUGUGUUUUAUGUUAAAAAUGACUUUUUAAUUUACUUGAAGCCAGUGAGAUGUGUUCUAGUCAAAACGAUGUUAAUUCUUUACAUAAACUUUAGUAAUUUGCUUCUUAUUUUGAAAUUUGAUAGAUGGCAUUUUUAAAUCUGUUUUUCACUUUUUGUUGAAUUCUAUUGUGUUAUUUGAUGUUACAUCAGUUUUUACCCUGUGUUGAAAUUUUAUGCAUAAAAAUUUAGGUAAUUAAUCAAAAGAAGCAUUUAUAGCUAUUCAAGUGAAUAAGAGUAUCCUUUGAGUGAAGUUGAAUGUAGCUGUUUAUAAAAUGUAGCUGAAGUAAACCUUUUCUUUUGUACUGUACAACCAAAAACGGGCAUUUAUAAAAUGUUUCAAUUAAAGUCACUUUAUGUUUUUAAAGGGGACUAAAAAAAGGAAUCUAUAUAUCUAUAGAUAUUAUAUACACUGAAAUUUAUAUUAUAUUGUAAAUUCAUAGGAGCGAUUAAAAGAUUUAAGGCAUGGGACGAAUGUUUUCCCUUUAUAGGCAAAUUCAAAUGGCUUCUGAAAGAUUCUUGUUCUGGAAAAAGUAGACUCCAAAGCUUUUUUUGUAAUAUGGAGGGCAACCUGGCAUCCAGACUUUGUAGGACAUACAUAUAUUUAUUUUAUAUAUACAGUCGGACCUCCAUAUAUCGAAGUAGCUAAUUGCCGGAAAAAAAUUUGAUGUAUAGAAACGAUCUUAGUUUUUCAUAAAAAUAUCCUGAAACAUUAAAGUUAAAGCUAAUUUUCUACUACUGUAAUGUCGUUUCAUGUUUUUGAGUGAGUUUUCUGUAAGUUUCAGUACUUUUAUUAAGGCUUUCUGAUUUCUCAUAAUAGCAGGAACUCUGCUUGCGGAGAUACUAUUUUUACUGGAAAUGACAUUUUUGGGCCUUCAUACAUCUUCAUUCUUCGGCAAUUCAACUUGGUCCGCAACAUUAAAGGAUUUUCGUGUUGACAUUGUAAUCAAGAGAAAAAUAAAAAAUCAAUCUACUUAACUUGACUGAAGAUAAAAAGACUAAGAAUGAUAAUCAUCUGACAAUAGGGAUGUAACUUGGAACUGAUUUUACUGUAACACUGGUUGCGACUGAGAUUUGAAAUAAACUUAAGGGAAUUUAAGAACUCCAGAAUGGAACAACGACCUGUCUACACACCUUUCAACCCCAGAUUCCUCGUGAGUUUUGUAAAAAUCUUUAGUGAACAUAAUUUCUCCUUCAUUUUUCAUGAGACAAACAGUCUAAAGUGGAAAAAAAAAUCUACGAAUGUCUCGAAUUUUUUUUCGAUAUACAGAGAUCUUUUCAAUAUAUAGAAACAAUUUUUCUAUAUAAUGGACUUGGGAAUUUGCAGAGACUUCGAUAUAUAGGAAAUUUUGAUAUGUGGAAGUUCAGUAAAUGAAGGUUCGACUGUGUGUAUAUACAUAUAUAUAUACACACAGUGGACUCCCUCUAUUUGAACAGCACAAUAUUCUGAACACAUUUUGAUGGUUCCGGUGAAACUCCAUAGACUUAACAUAGGUUGACUUCUCUGUUCUCUCAACACCCUAUAACAAGAACAACCUGGUAUUAUGAAAGCUAUUUUCAAUUCCCUUCGGUAAUCACCUCUCUAUAUACUGAACAUGUUCACAAUUGUAACUCGGGAAUUCCUAUGAAUCAAAUUGGAAAGCCUGAAAUACAUUCACAAUUUUAUCACAGUGAUUGAAGUGUAUUAAGGGGAAGAUAGAUAGAAGCAGCUGAAAAGUGAUUUUCCUGGAUAUUACUGCAUCACAUAAAAUCAUUCAGCUGAGCAAUAUGAGCAUGAACUUUCUGCUACUGAACUAUAUUU